AUGAUAAAAACAAUCUUUCGUCACUUUAAAACCACAUCUAUACUACGAGAUCCGGUAGAAUCUAAGGUUCUAAAAGCUACAUUUGAUGUUAAUAGUAUCAAAGAUUUACCAUUCAACGAGAAUAUAGAAUUAGCAUGGAAACAAUUAAUACCUUAUAAAAUCAAACUACGAAAUACUGAUACACCAGUAUUAUUUUUACAUGGACUAUUUGGAUCGAAAUUGAGUUUCAAUAAAAUAGGAAGAUUAUUCAGUGAAUUAACUAGAGUGCCGACGUAUUCAUUAGAUUUAAGAAAUCAUGGAGAAUCACCACAUGUUUUACCACAUACUUAUUCACAAAUGGCUCAUGAUGUACAUAAUUUUAUAAAAGAAAGAAAAUGGGACCAAUGUGUUUUGGUGGGUCACUCAAUGGGUGCAAAAGUAGCCAUGCUUAUUAGUUUGUUAUACCCUGAAUUAAUCUCAAAAUUAGUUGUUGUUGAUAAUACACCUCAUAAUGAACCUUUAGAUGAUCAAUUUAAAAAUGAUUUAUUAGGAAUGUGUGAGGUAGAAUUGAAUGGAGCAGAAUAUAAGAAAGGUGAGAAUGGUAAAAGAGUUACUGAAGUUAAAGAUAUAAAUAAAUUUUUAAGUAAAUAUCAGAAAGAUCCAAUUAGUAGACUGUUAUUAAUGAGUAAUUUAAUAAUAACUCAAAAAGAUUAUCGAAGUGUAUCAAUAAAGGACAAAAAGAAAGAAGUUUUUAAAGUCCCUGUAAUGAAUUUUUGGAAACAUGAUAUAAUAGAUGCAAUGGGAGCAUGGCCAAAAUUACCUUCAAAUAUUCCUAAAUUUGAAAAUCCAGUUUUAAUAAUGUAUGGAAUCAAAUCAAAUUUUGUGAAAAAGGAUAACUUCGAGAUAUUUAAAAAGUAUUUCACUAAUUUAAAAUUUGAAGAAUUUGAUACCGGUCAUUGGAUUUCAGUUGAAAAACCUAAAGAAUUUCUAAAUCUGUUGAUAAUGUUUAUUUCUCCACCAAGUUCUAGAAAUUAUGAGGAUCCACCAAAACGAAAAAAAGUCCUGAAGAAAAUGUAUAGAUCAAAAAAGUGA